GUUCCUGCGCUUGGUGACCCUGCGGGCCACAGUCUCCUGUACACAGUUUACUGCGAGGCUCACGGUGGUUCUGGCUGUUGGUAGUUCGAAAUGGAGGAAAAGCUAAUUGAAGCCGUACGUGUUCGCAAAGUUCUGUAUAAUACAAGCCAUAAAGAUUACUUGAAAACGAAGCUGAAAGCAGAGAAGUGGGAGGAAGUGGCCAAGGAAACGGACAUACGAAAUGGUGUUGAAGCGAAAGCGUUGUGGGAGAAAUUGAGACAUUCGCUGAGAGAUGCUCUCAGAAGACAGCAAAAAUCCAUGAAAAGUGGGGCACCAGCUCAAUCGCUUAAAGAAUGGAAAUUUCAAAAGCAGAUGGGAUUUCUACAACCAUAUAUGGCCAGUAAAACACGACAAGGGAAGCUAAACGAAUACACUGAUGAUAAUGAAACCACAUCAAAAAAUUGUGUCACUGAUAGUCCAACUGAUGUAGUCGACGAGGGUGAGGAAUCACUCAACAUGCAGCAGGUAACCAGAAGUAUUCGAGACGAACUUCAAUCACGGGCACUUCCUGAAAUGUCACCUCCACCACAAGAACCGACAUCUGCAAAAAAAAUGAAGAAAGACACUAUUGCUGGAUUACUCAAACAAAGCAUUGAACAACAUGAAGAACGAAGAAGAUCGAGAUCAGAAGAAAGAAGAAAUCUGUUGGCACAAACGAGUGCUCCAAGUGAUCCUCUGUACCACUUCUUCAUGUCAAUGUACCAGAUGACCAGAUGCAUGCCACUGUCAUCUCAGUAUGUCAUCAGAAAUGACAUUUUCCGUGUGGUUACAGAAAUGGAGGCCUCGUUGCUGAACAUUCCUAUGAGAAAUCCACAGUUCAACACAGUUCAGCGGCCAUCAUAUCACGAGUUGUCCCCGUACAGUAACCAAUCCCCCAGGCCACCCCACUCUAGUUCAUCAACUCCAUCCCAUUCUUUAAUUUCCAACAGUCCAUCGCUUACUACACAAGAUGAUAGUGUGUUUCAAAAAGCACUUAAACUACGGCCUUAAAUCGGCAUGAUUUGCUCACACUUAUUAAUAAUUUCGCUGA